CUCACACAGAGUACUGUUCCCCCCCCCCGCUCAUUUCUCGAGACUUCCGCCCCUGCUCGACGCGCGCGCCCUCCCGCGAGCGUGCGCGCGUCCGGCGUCAACGAUGGCAUGCGCAUCCCCUCGCCGCACCGGACCUCUCGAAGCGGACCCGCGGAGCAAAUAGGAAGGAGGGAGGGGGGCAGAAGCAGUAGCCAUGUGGUUCCUUCAGAACCGGAGGAGGAAGUGUUUUUUUCCCUUUGCAUUUUUUUAAGCAGGCGGCUUUCUGGUGACGAGGACGCUGAUCCGGAUCUGUGUUUACACUACACGUACUGUACGUGGAAGUCGGGCGCUACUUGGCAACAACUCGCGCAGCCUGGCGUGGGAAUUUGACACUCGAUUCCACGGAUCGGACGUUAUUUUUUUUUUACAUUUUUUUUUUAGGGGCUUUGGGAUCCCUGCACCCAAGCUACCCCCACCAAUCCUCCCUCUCCCCCCUCCCAGAUGCGUGAUUUAGUUGACAGUUCAGUAUCAUGGGGGAGCCUGCAGCGCGCAGCCCCUCUCAAAGUACCUGUGGAGGGUCUUAGUUUCACACGUGGGACGUUUUAGAACCCCCGCUUGCACAUAAAUAGCUUCAGAAUAGACUGGUUUGGCCCAUGACCCCGACGUCCGAACCCGCCGUCUGAUCUUCUGCCACCCACACGUCCACGAUGUGCCCCAUCCCCGCGGUGCUGAUCGUGUUGCUGCGUGGACUCGUCGUCUCUGCGCUGCUGGGCUCCCACUCGGCGGAUACUGGAGAUGGGGCCACCCCAGACCCCUGCCUCACGGUCAUCCCACCGUGUGUGAGCGAUGCCGACCGCUUCAGCCUGGUGGCCUUGCGCCACAUCCAUAAAGAGCUGGACGACGACAACGACGGCGGCAUCGAGGUCAACGAGAGCGUGGAGUUUAUUAUAGAAGACAUGAAGCAGCAUCAGACCAACAAGCACAGCAACUUGCACCGCGAGGACCAACACAUCACAGUGGAGGAGCUUUGGAAGGGCUGGAAGACUUCAGAAGUCCACAACUGGACGGUGGAAGACACGGUUCAGUGGUUGAAGGAGUCGGUGGAGCUGCCCCAGUAUGAAAAAAACUUCCGGGACUUCCGCGUCACCGGCAACACACUGCCACGCAUCGCCGCAAACGAGCCGUCGUUCCUGUCCGUGCAGCUCAAGGUGUCAGACCAGCGACACAAACAAAAACUCAACCUGAAGGCGCUCGACGCGGUCCUUUUCGGCCCCCCGCUGCGGCCGCAACACAACUGGACGAAAGACUUCGUCCUCACGAUCUCCAUAGUGAUCGGCGUGGGCGGCUGCUGGUUUGCUUACGUGCAGAACAAGUCCAGCAAGGUGCACAUCUCCCAGAUGAUGAAGGAUCUGGAGAGCCUGCAAAACGCUGAGCAAAGCCUCCUCGACCUGCAGAGUCGUUUGGAAAAGGCUCAGGAAGAAAACCGGACGGUCAUUGUGGAGAAGCAGAAUCUCGAGCAGAAGAUGAGGGACGAGAUCACCGGCGCCAAGAAGGAAGCCCACAGACUUCGGGACCUGCGAGAGGGCGCCGAAUGCGAGCUCAGCCGGCUCAAAUACGCGGAAGAGGAGCUUGUGCAGGUCCGAAAGGCCCUGAAGCGAGCCGAGAAGGAGAUUCAGUCCGAGUGGUCGCUGCCCGAAGCUCUGCAGAAGUGGCUCCAGCUCACGCACGAGGUGGAGGUUCAGUACUACAACAUCAAGAAGCAGAGUGCCGAGCUACAGCUCUGCAUCGCCAAGGACGAGGUAACCGAGACCGAGCGACCGCUGGGCUUUUCUUUCUUAGCGACAAUUUCCAAACCUUUCCCUUUUGGACUGCAGGCGGAGAAAAUCAAAAAGAAGAGAAGUUCUGUGUUUGGAACGCUUCACGUCGCGCACAGUUCAUCACUGGAUGAGGUGGACCACAAGAUACUCGAAGCCAAGAAAUCCUUGUCUGAGGUGACGGCGUGCCUGAGGGAGCGCUUGCACCGCUGGCAGCAGAUCGAGAGGCUCUGCGGCUUCCCCGUCGUCAACAACUCCGGGCUGCCGAGUCUGACGGCCAGCCUCUACUCUGACCACAGCUGGGUGGUGAUGCCGCGCGUCUCCGUCUCGCCGUACCCCAUCGCCGGCGGCGUGGACGACCUGGACGAGGACACGCCUCCCAUCGUUCCGCAAUUCACAGCAACGUUGAUGCGGCCCCCGCUGACGCGCAACAGCAGCGCGUGCCGCUCCCGCCGGAGCCUCAUGGGCUCGUCCGCCAUGAUGUCCCCGGACCCCGACCUGCUGUCCAUGGCCGGCUCGCCCCUCUCCUUUCACCUCGAGGCGGACGACGAAUACGUCAUGUUCAGCUCGGAGCGGAGGGGGUAUGUCGCGGAUGUGUUUCAUCCAGACAUUCGCGAUGGCGCUUGGCAAUGGGAGGUCGCCCAGGAGGGCAGCCCCGACACGGACACUCUGAACUUCUCGAUGGGCCGCAAGCCGCCGCACAACCCCUGCUUCGUGACCCCGGACGCCCCGUACCGCAAGAUUUCCCGCGAGGAAAUGCUGCUGUUCAAUCAGAGCCCGGAGUUCCCCACGUGCAGCAGCAUCGCGAGCAACAGCAGGGACUCCACCCCGCCGCCUUUGCCCCCUACGCCGGCCACCACCCCCUCGGGCCCGCCGUCCACCUCGCCGUCGCCGGACCUCACCCGAAUCGCGCCGGAGACCCAGGCCGUCACAUCUCCGUCGGGGAAGGCCGCGUACAACGGCAUCCUGGAGAAAUCGUACAGCUUCGGCACGCCGCCCGCCGGCAUUCCGCCCUCCGUGGGCCGCUACCCGUCCCUCACCUCCCUGGACUCGGAGGGCCGGAGCGUGGGCCGGGAGCACAAGCUCCAGAGCACCUCCUCCCAGGACUCCAGUGACAACGGAGAGAAAGUCAAGCGCUCCUCCUCCAAAAUCAAAAGCCUAUUUAAGAAAAAAAAAUAAAACUCGCAGAGUGCAGUCAUCUGCGCGAAACAAAUCAAACGAGGACAUCACUGUAAGCUCGAACAGCUCUUUAUUUACCAUAACCCGCAGAAUGUAGCUCAGUCCGGUCGCCCCAGAUUGGCGGCAUUAUUCUUUUCACUAAUGCCUUCCCGGAGGCCAAACGUCACGCCGCGACUGAAGCAAGUCUUUGAUUUCCAAGCACACAAGGACUUUUUGCGACAACGGCGCACUCCCUGACAAAAAAGGUUGGAAUAUUUCCCCGCCGCCACAUGAUUUAUGGAUUGGGAAGCUCUUGGUUUGUUUUUACUUAACGGGGGUGGAAAAAAAUAAUCCCGCGAAAAGGUUUGUUGCACUACUUCCUGAUAUUUUGGGAAUAAAGUUAUUUAUGAAACUCCGGGGUGGGGGGAACACGAAAAGGGUCACAUGAUGCCACUUUAAUGUUGACGCUCACCUUAACAAAUAUACAUUGUUUUCUCCUGUUUUAUUCGAUUGUUGAUGUGUUGUUGCCGGCUACCUUGCACGACUUGAUCGAUCGACCCGCCCGCCGUCCCUGCGCUCCGUCCGUUGCCAACCCGACUUUCCGUUUCCUCCAGAUUUGAUUUCUUGAUUUCGAGGACGCACAGGUGCCAGGAAGUGUGUCGGUGCUGUGAUGGCGGUGCGUCUGUACCAGACACCUUCAUUUGCUCUCCCCCCCCAAAAAAAGGCAAUACGGACCUCCUUGCGUGAUGUCAAAUAGCUCCUGCCUCACACGUACCUUCUCGCUAUUGACGGGCCAAGUGGUGGCGCGGUGGUCGAUGCUGUUUACGAGGUGUGUGCACAGGACGACGAAUCAAUGCAAUUAUUAUUAUUAUGAUUAUUGUUAUGGACUAAAUAGCACACAAAGGAAUAAAAAGUCAGAACUGUACGGCGGGUAGAAAUGUUGACGACACUAGUGUUUUUGAGAGCAUUUUGUGUGUGAAUAUUUGUAUACUGUUGACGAAUUAAUAAAAAAAAUAAAGCAAAGUGGCAUCGUCAA